AUGAUUUUUGAAUUACUCUUUUUCAUAAGUAUUGCUAUUGCAGGAACACCAGCCACACGAAUGAAUUCAGGUUCAAUGAUGCCAUUAAGACCAUUUGCAAUGAACCAACAAGAGUUAGAAAGACAAAUGAUGGAAGAACAUAAUCAAAAUUUAAGAAGAUUAACAGAUAAAUAUUUACUUGAUAAAAGUGUUAAAGGGUCAUUAAAGAAUGCAAAUAAGAGGUUAUGGAGAGAUAUGAGAAUUAGUGAAAUGGAAGCUAAAAUGCAAUUUAGAAAACAAAUAGCAGAAAGAGGAAAUCAACCACAAUACAAACAAGUAGCUGAAAAAUGGAAAAAUCUUGAGAUGCAAAGAAAGAUGUUUAUUAGAUAUAUGAAAAGUAGUAAUAAAAAUAAUGUUGAUUAUGACUCAUUAUAUUCAAUGCCAUUUAAAGAAGAUAUUCGUUUUCCUAAACAAAAACAAAUAUUUAAAGUUGAAGAUGGAUUAAUGCAAGGUCCAAGUAAAAGUUAUAAUAAAUGGAUUAGACCUAAUGGUGAUAUUACUGCUGAUAAUAUUGAUACAGAUAGAAAUUAUUGGGCAAAUAAAUAUUUUACAAGACAUUAA